AUGACCAGCAAGAGAAUCGCCGUGAUUGGGGCGGGCGUGAGCGGGCUCACAUCCAUCAAGUGCUGCCUGGACGAAGGCCUGGAGCCCGUCUGCUUUGAAAGGUCCGAUGACAUCGGAGGGCUCUGGAGGUUCCAGGAAAAUCCUGAAGAAGGAAGAGCCAGUAUUUAUAAAUCAGUGAUCAUUAAUACUUCUAAGGAGAUGAUGUGCUUCAGUGACUAUCCUAUUCCAGAUCAUUUUCCUAACUUCAUGCACAAUUCCCAGGUCCUGGAGUAUUUCAGGAUGUAUGCUAAAGCAUUUGACCUUCUAAAGUAUAUCCGAUUCAAGACUGCUGUGUGCAGUGUAAAAAAGCGGCCUGAUUUCUCCACUUCAGGCCAGUGGGAGGUGGUCACGGAAUGUGAAGGGAAAAAGGAGAUGAAUGUCUUCGAUGGACUCAUGGUUUGCACCGGCCAUCAUACCAAUGCUCACUUACCCUUGGGAAGCUUCCCUGGAAUUGAGAAGUUCAAAGGACAGUACUUCCAUAGUCGAGAUUAUAAGAAUCCAGAGAGUUUCACUGGAAAAAGAGUCAUUGUAAUUGGCAUUGGGAAUUCUGGAGGCGACCUGGCUGUGGAGAUUAGCCACACAGCCAAGCAGGUUUUCCUCAGCACCAGGAGAGGGGCUUGGAUCCUGAAUCGUGUAGGGGACCAAGGAUAUCCUUUUGAUAUGUUGUUCAACUCUCGGCUUACACAUUUAUUUUCAAAGAUUGUUGGUCAAUCAUUAGCAAACACAUAUAUGGAAAGAAGGAUGAACCAAAGGUUUGACCACAAAAUGUAUGGCCUAAAGCCUAAACACAGAGCUCUGAGCCAGCAUCCAACAGUCAAUGAUGAUCUGCCAAAUCGUAUAAUUUCUGGGAGGGUGAAGGUGAAAGGAAAUGUCAAGGAAUUUACAGAGACAGCUGCCAUAUUUGAAGACGGCUCCAAGGAGGAUGACAUUGAUGCCGUUAUCUUCGCCACCGGCUAUAGCUUUGCUUUUCCUUUCCUUGAAGAUUCUGUCAGAGUAGUAAAAAACAAGAUAUCCCUGUAUAAAAAAGUCUUCCCUCCUAACCUGGAAAAGCCAACUCUUGCAUUCAUAGGCUUAAUCCAGCCCUUGGGUGCCAUUAUGCCCAUUUCAGAGCUCCAAGGACGCUGGGUCACUCAAGUAUUUAAAGGGCUAAAGACAUUGCCCUCAAAAAAUGAAAUGAUGACAGAAAUAGCUAAGGCUCAAGAGCAAAUGGAAAAAAGGUAUGUGGAGAGCCAGCGCCAUACCAUUCAGGCAGACUAUGUAGACACCAUGGAAGAGCUUGCUGAUCUGGUGGGCGUCAGGCCCAAUCUGCUGUCUCUAGCUUUUGCCGACCCCAAAUUGGCAUGGCACUUAUUAAUGGGACCUUGUACUCCAAUCCAGUAUCGUCUACAGGGUCCUGGAAAGUGGGAUGGAGCUCGAAAAGCCAUCCUCACCACAGAAGAUCGUAUCAGGAAGCCUAUGAUGACAAGAGAGGUUGAAAGCAGCGAUUCCAUGACUUCAAUAAUAACAAUGGCCAGGUUUAUGCUAGCCAUUGUUAUCUUUGCUGUAAUGAUAACCUAUUUUUAG